GCACUUCCUCCUCCUCGUACUGCGCGUCCCGACCAGUCCUCGACCUCCAACCCCCUCGUCGCCGUUGUUGGCAUCCACUCGUUUAUCUUUACGGUUUCUGCGAUGAAGUCUGUUGCAGUUUUCCCCAUUCUGGCCGUUUCGGCGCUCGCGUCCUCUGCGCUCAUUCCGACAGGCAUAUCGUCGUCGUGCAGCAGUUUCUUCGAGUCGUUUGACCAGGACACCUCGCUUGCAAGCUGCGUUUCACCGCUCAUUCAGGCGACCUCCCAGUUCGGCGCGGGCGCGAACAGCACCGCCAACCCGACGUCGUCCGCCGUCAGCAGUGCUCUCUCGAGUCUAUGCUCAGCCACAACCUGCUCUUCUCAGACGAUCCGCGAGAAGCUCAGUAACAUGUACUCCUCAUGCGCGGCCGAGCUCACGGCAGCGAACAAGGACGUUCUCCGCACGUACGACGUCCUCUACUCCAUCGUGCCCCUCCAGCAGGCGAUGUGCAGCAAGAACAGCAACGGCGACUACUGUGUCCUUGCUGCCUCCAGCGGCAACUCGUCUUCAUCCUCGGGUUCCAACGACGCCGCCUCGUCCGCCACGGGUGAGAAGUUCAGCUCCAUCUCCGAAUACCUCUACUCGGACGCCUCGCCCUCGGUCGCCCGCCGCGACAGCUCGCAGACGACCAUCUCCAUCCUCUGCACGGACUGCGCGCGCAACGUCAUGACCGCGUACAUCGACUUUGAGGGCAGCGUGCCCUACGCGCCUGGCAUCGCGGCGAGCACGCUCAUGAGCGGCCAGACCGCGCUCUACAAGGGCAUCAUCAGCACCUGCGGGUCCAGCUUCAUGGGUGGCGCCGCUCAGGCCGCCGGUGCGAUCUCUAGCGGCGAGUUCAGCGGUGCACCUUCGACCAUCGCCGUCAACACGAAGAUGGUCAGCGCCGUCUUCGGCGUGGCGGUUAUCGCCUUCUUCACUAUGCUGUAGACGUGGGGGGCAUGCAGGAAACGCGGGGAGCUAUGAUUCCGGGUCUGUUUUGAUGCAUCGUACUGUUUGGACUCUCCCAUCGAACCAACUUACAAGCUAGUGAUACCCGUGCCGGGUAGGCGCAUCCUUAAUUGCAUUGGGCCUUUCGCAUCAUUUAGAUGUUGUAAGAGUGCCUAUCCAUGAUCUUGAUGCGCAAUGUGCGCCCUGGCUUAAUCGUUACAAUCUGCGAGACGACUGCCCUCGAAUUCCCAAGUCGUGUUAUUGACAACACGAGGGCAGCCAUUUGCUCUAACCGGUACGAGGUUAUGUUCGUGUCGUCCUCUGUAUCGUAAUCCUUGUAUUUACUGAAGUUCCAUUCAGGUCCUGACAUAUUCCCGGUCGG